AGUUUGGGGCCCAUAAAAUGGGCCUUCAGGUUUCUUUAUUUCCCUAUUUCCUUCCAUUGCCUAUUUUCAGAAAAAAAAAAAAGAGAAGUUAUUUCCUUGGAGACUAAUCUUUGAGUAAUUUGCAUGUCCAAUUCCAAAGCCAUGUCUGAAACAAACUUUGAGCUAUGCGGUACAUUGCUUGCCACCAGCCUCACCAAAGCCCAGAAGCGGUGGCGCAUUGCCUGCACUACUAUCUAUUCAAUCCGGGUAAUGCUGUCUCUUGCCAGAGAGAUUAUAUCCAGGAGGAACAAAGACCACUCUGAAAUCCUGCUUUCCGAAACUUAUGUUGCCCUGCCCAUUGAGCCAUCCAACGUCGAGUGGAAAUCUGUGUCUAACGUCAAGCGCAAAUCUGUGUCUUUCUCUGUUUCAGGCGUUGAUAAGAGUAAACUAUUCAAGACCGUGAAAGAAAAAGAUAUUUCCUCUCUUGCCGAACUCGGUGGAGUUGAAGGUGUUGCAGCUGCUCUAAGGACGGACCCAAAAAAUGGGAUCGGAGAUGAUGAUGAGGAAAUUAGGAGAGGGCAGGAAAUUUUUGGCUCAAACACGUACCAGAAGCCGCCGCCAAAAGGGCUGUUUUAUUUCGUCGUGGAAGCUUUCAAGGACACGACAAUUAUCAUUCUCCUGGUAUGUGCCGCUCUUGCUCUUGGGUUUGGGAUCAAGGAACAUGGCGGCAAAGAGGGAUGGUAUGAAAGGGGUAGCAUUUUUGUUGCCGUCUUCCUGGUGGUGAUCGUCUCUGCUUUCAGUAAUUUCAGACAGGAAGUUCAGUUUGACAAGUUAUCGAAGAUAAGUGACAACAUCGAAGUGGAUGUUGUCAGAGACGGUCGCCGGCGACCCAUUUCCAUAUUCGAUCUCGUUGUUGGUGAUGUUGUGUAUUUGAAGAUCGGAGAUCAAAUUCCAGCUGAUGGGUUGUUCUUGACCGGCCAUUCUCUGCAGGUGGACGAGUCAAGCAUGACAGGGGAAAGUGAUCAUGUCGAAGUAGACUCUGUUCACAACCCGUUCUUGUUAUCCGGAUCGAAGGUGGGUGAUGGGUAUGCCCAAAUGCUGGUGGUGUCUGUCGGAAUGAACACAGCCUGGGGUGAAAUGAUGAGCUCGAUCACCCGUGAUACCAAUGAAAGAACGCCGUUACAAGCUUGGCUGGACAAACUCACUUACUACAUAGGAAAGGGCAACAUAAGUUUCGGAAAGCAGGAUUUCAGAGUGGUCUUUGUUCCUCCUGGAUAUAAUCUCUCUGGCAAGAGACAGCAUUACCCGGAUUGAAUAGAUAGUAGUGCAGGCAAUGCGCCACCGCUUCUGGGCUUUGGUGAGGCUGGUGGCAAGCAAUGUACCGCAUAGCUCAAAGUUUGUUUCAGACAUGGCUUUGGAAUUGGACAUGCAAAUUACUCAAAGAUUAGUCUCCAAGGAAAUAACUUCUCUUUUUUUUUUUCUGAAAAUAGGCAAUGGAAGGAAAUAGGGAAAUAAAGAAACCUGAAGGCC